AUGGCGUGCCUCGGUGCCGUGGUUCAGAAGGUCUUUGAGCUGAUAUACACCAGGACAGGUUAGAGACUGCCUGCCGCGUGCGUGCGUGUGUGUGUGUGUGUGUGUGAGGUUAGAAACUGCCUGGCCUGCCAUGUCUCCCCUGCCCACCCGUUCCAAGUGGAGUGUGUCAGAGAAAACUGCAGUGUCAUGACUACUACAUCUCCAAUGGUGGACUGGUCUUCAUUGUGGGUAAUGUCCAUGUUACACUCAUAUUCCCUGGCACUAAUACAGAAGCCAAGAGUCUUACCACAAGUAAACAAACAAGGGUACUUUCCUGACGCAGGUGAAGGCUACUGGACUAAAAGCCAUGCUCAUUCUAUCUACGAACAAACGCUCCUAAACACAACUGCUUCCCUUUUAUUUAAUCACUGGUAUCCCACUAGAAUGACUGUGUGUGUGUGUGUGUGUGUGUGUGUGUGUGUGUGUGUGUGUGUGUGUGUGUGUGUGUGUGUGUGUGUGUCCCAAUCAUUCCCACAUUCCUGGAGAUGACAAGGCCGUCGGUAUGUGUGUCUGAGUCCCAUUAUCCUGUAGCUUUAAAAUCCCUGGAAGGAAUUACAUGUUUUUCUGAUGGUCAAUUCAGCCCAACAACCCCAAUAACAACUUCCCCUCAACCUCCUCCCUCUGUCCGACUUUAAGUGUGCAGCACAUGUGUUGAGCACACACCCAGCUCUCAGUUUUUGAUCUGCUCUGAAGAUCUUAAAUAAAUGUUUGUAAUGAUCCUGCGUCAUUCACACACCACAGCACACACAUGCAGGACGUCUCAACACUCUGAACCCUGACCUUAAAUAAGGCUAUAUGGAGUCUCAGAGUGAAAAAGGAGAACAUUGGAACAUUGAGAAACUGUCUCUGGAAUUGAUUAGGCAGAUUAGUAGAACAUUGAAUUGGGCUUAACUCCACAGAUACUUAAUUGAUGCUCGCGGGCAUACAGGGAAGUAGUCAGAUCCCAAGAAAUUCCUGGGUGGCCAAAGUCAUGCCAAAAGGCUUAAUGUAGGACUCCUGCUCUGUAUAGAGAACUUUGUGUCUGCAUAGAGAACCUUGUGGCUGUAUAGAGAACCUUGUGUCUGUACAGAGAACCUUGUUUCUGUACAGAUAACCUUGUUUCUGUACAGAGAACCUUGUUUCUGUACAGAGAACCUUGUGUCUGUAUAGAGAACCUUGUGUCUGUAUAGAGAACCUUGUGUCUGUACAGAGAACCUUGUUUCUGUACAGAGAACCUUGUUUCUGUACAGAGAACCUUGUGUCUGUAUAGAGAACCUUGUGUCUGUAUAGAGAACCUUGUGUCUGUAUAGAGAACCUUUUGUCUGUAUAGAGAACCUUGUGUCUGUAUAGAGAACCUUGUGUCUGUAUAGAAAACCUUGUGUCUGUAUAGAGAGCGGUAAUCACCUUUGUCUUGACCAAGAGACCCCUGACCAUUUAAAUCUUCAGCCUCUCAGAGAAUAAGAGUCUUGUCAAAUUUAAGAUUGAAACUAAAUCCAACCGGGUCGUUGCCCCAGGGCACUGACCAAUCACAUGCAAUCAGAACAGGUUAAGUUUCUUCUGCCGCGUAGGAAAUGCACAAUUGGCCCACUUAGUGGAAUUAUGUCCAUACUGAUCAAGGGGUUUAUUGAUCAACAAUUAUAUUGAUUGUCAGAGUGGGGAAAUAAACAGACUUGUGCAAGAACAGGCCAACCACAGUUUUUUGAUAUUCCAACUCUAAAAUACUAACUUUGUCUCUAUGUGCGAGUUUUAGUCUGGCUAAAAGUGAUUUUACUGUCUAUUCAGCGUCUUUCACCCAGUGGUUAUUCCUGUAUUUGAUCAUAUUACCUCAUACUAACUCUGUGAUUGACUGUUCUGCAGCCAGAAGGUGAUGACUGUGGUUACGUCCCAAAUGGCACCCUAUUCCCUAUACAGUGCACUACUUUAAAACCAGGGUCCUGAUCAAAAGUAGUGCACUAUAAAGGGAAUAAGGUGCCAUUUGGGACGCACUCUGUUACUCUCACUGAACUUUCUUAUCUUCUAAUGGUUGUCAUGUCUUUUCCUUUCAAUCGGAGACACAUUUCCUGGCUACGUCUGUUCAGAUCAGACGGUGUGAUUCUUUCUGUGAGUUAGUGCCAAAUGGAAGAAAUCCACGAUUCCACCUAUAAGCUAAGGAUAUUCACACAAUAUUCCCACAAUACGUCCAGUGAGCUGUGAGUUAUGGGCUGUGAGGGUUCCAUAAGACGGCCAUAAACGAGUGGUGUCAUGCACUCCAGGAGUUUAUUUGAUAGGCAGUUAAGCCUCGUGUUAUCCCUAACCGUAAGAGGUUGUGAUGUUUUGAAAUGGUUCUGCACGGCAACAUAUAGGAAACAGAGGAUGUCGAUAUAUAUCACAGAGACUGAUAUUAUAUCAUCUAAAUGUUAUAGUUAUGGGAGAUGUUAUCCACAAAUGUACUUUAACCAGCAAAUAAUACUUAUUCAGCCCUAUUUCCCAGCCACGUGAAUGUCCUUGAUGCUACUAUAGAUAUUACAUUGUAAAGUAAUUGAGGAGAGAUCUGGGUUAUUUUCCACUACGCUCACUAGUUGAUCUGAUCGGAACUGUAAAAAUAGGCUGAUUUAUAUCUUGCAGUUAGAAUGAGGAAAUAUACAAUGAACGGGUCGUCUGUUUUUGAACCUUCAUAUAUGGAGGUAGGCCAAUGUCAAUGCUGGGUCAUUCCCAUGUUUCUCCUAUUUUCAGGGUAACUUCAUUUAUAAAAAACACGGUGGAUUUGGGUGAAUGAAAUUGAUCUAGAAGGUGCCAUGAAAUGUGACUGUGUGCAUUUACUUGCAUGCUGUCACGGAUUUAGCCGAGGCUGCUCCUCCUCCUUGCUCGGGCAGGCUUCGGCGUUCGUCGUCACCGGAGUACUAGCUGCUACCGAUCUAUGUUUCUGUGUUCUACUUGUUUUGUCUUCAUUGUACACACCUGGUUCCCAUUAUGUCUAUGAUUUGUUCCCUAUUUAACCCUCUGGCUCCCACUGUGUUAUGUGCCUGUUUGUUCUAUGUUUGGUGUCAUCGACUGGUGAGCGGGAUUGUCCUCCCUGCGUGGAGUUUAUGUUCAUUUGUUAUUUACGAGUAAAGUACGUUGUCUACUAGCUCUGUGUCCUGCGCCUGACUCCGUCUUACCGCUACACACUGACGCCUGACACGUGCGUUUGUGAAAUGAUGAUUAGCUCAGUGCUUUCUGCAUUCAAUUGUAGUUAUUCAUAGAGAUGACCUCACCAGCCCUCCUAGGAUAUAUGUCUGCUCUGUACGGUACUGUCUCACCUUGUCUUCUCUCUGCUGCUAGACAGGAUGUUGGGGGGUCCAAAUGGACUGUCUCACCUUGGGUGCUCUCUACUGCUAGACAGGACGUUAGGGGUCCAAUUGGACUGUCUCACCUUACUAAUAGACAGAAUGUUGGGGGUCCAAUUGGACUGUCUCACCUUGGGUGCUCUCUACUGCUAGACAGGACGUUGGGGGUCCAAAUGGACUGUCUCACCUUACUAAUAGACAGGAUGUUGGGGAAUCCAAAUGAACUGUGACACUUAGAGGAGAGAUAACGCAUGACUUUGAGCUCUGAACGCUUUGUUCUGACAGAGAGCUGAAGGGAGCAGAGUGCCACUAGUUCUGGAAUGUGGUUAGAAAGGGUUCUGGAAUCCCUGGGUUGGAACUGAGGAAUUUCCACGUCUGUCAUGGAAGUCUUCUGUGAUGGCUGAAGAGGAUACUUCAUGACUUUAUACCGUGCCCGGCUCCUCAUCCAUCUCCAUCGGCAGACAGUGAGCUGUGGUGACAGGCUAGACAGUGUGCAGCACAGAGGCUUUCUGCUAAACUGAAAGAGAAAGGAACCCUAAACCACAACUAACCUAGUCACAGAUCAGGGCUAACUGGUGAUACCUUUCCAUUCCCCUUUGGGUAGCAAAGGUAAAGGUACCAUAGAUUUGUGGAAGGUACCUAAUAUGCCUCUACCAACUACAUCCCAUCUGAAAUUGUAACACCUACAGUUGAAGUCGGAAGUUUACAUCUUAGCCAAAUACAUUUAAACUCAGUUUUUCACAAUUCCUGACAUUUAAUCCUAGUAAAAAAAUCCCUGUCUUAGGUCAGUUAGGAUCACCACUUUAUUUUAAGAAUGUGAAAUGUCAGAAUAAUAGUAGAGAUAAUGAUUUAUUUCAGCUUUUAUUUCUUUCAUCACAUUCCCAGUGGAUCAGACGUUUACAUACACUCAAUUAGUAUUUGGUAGCAAUGUCCUUAAGCCAUUUUGCCACAACUUUGGAGGUAUGCUUGGGGUCAUUGUCCAUUUGGAAGACCCAUUUGCGACCAAGCUUUAACUUCCUGACUGAUGUCUUGAGAUGUUGCUUCAAUAUAUCCGCAUCAUUUUCCUUCCUCAUGAUGCCAUCUAUUUUGUGAAGUGCACCAGUCCCUCCUGCAGCAAAGCACCCCCACAGCAUGAUGCUGCCUCCCCCGUGCUUCACGGUUGGGAUGGUGUUCUUUGGCUUGCAAGCUACCCCCUUUUUCCUCCAAACAUAACGAUGGUCAUUAUGGGCAAACAGUUCUAUUUUUGUUUCAUCAGACCAGAGGACAUUUCUCCAAAAAGUACGAUCUUUAUCCCCAUGUGCAGUUGCAAACCGUAGUCUGGCUUUUUUGUGGCGGUUUUGGAGCAGUGGCUUCUUCCUUGCUGAGCGGUCUUUCAGGUUAUGUCGAUAUAGGACUCGUUUUACUGUGGAUAUAGAUACUUUUGUGUCUGUUUCCUCCAGCAUCUUCACAAGGUCUUUUGCUGUUGUUCUGGGAUUGAUUUGCACUUUUCUCACCAAAGUACGUUCAUCUCCAGGAGACAGAACGCGUCUCCUUCCUGAGUGGUAUGACGGCUGCGUGGUCCCAUGGUUUUUAUACUUGCGUACUAUUGUUUGUACAGAUAAACGUGGUACCUUCAGGCGUUUGGAAAUUGCUCCCAAGGAUGAACCAGACAUGUGGAGGUCUACAAAUGUUUUUCUGAGGUCUUGGCUGAUUUAUUGUGAUGUUCCCAUGAUGUCAAGCAAAGAGGCACUGAGUUUGAAGGUAGGCCUUGAAAUACAUCCACAGGUACACCUCCAAUUGACUCAAAUGAUGUCAAUUAGCCUAUCAGAAGCUUCUAAAGCCAUGUCAUAAUUUUCUGGAAUUUUCCAAGCUUUGAAGGCACAGUCAAGUUAGUGUAUGUAAACUUCUGACCCACUGGAAUUGUGAUACAGUGAAUUAUAAGUGAAAUAAUCUGUCUGUAAACAAUUGUUGGAAAAAUGACUUGUGUCAUGCACAAAGUAGAUGUCCUAACAGACUUGCCAAAACUAUAGUUAGUUAACAAGAAAUUGUGGAGUGGUUGAAAAUCGAGUUUUAAUGACUCUAACCUAAGUGUAUGUAAACUUCCGACUUCAACUGUAUGUAAGUAUUUGGCUUUACUGUCCGAAUAUUUAGGGAAAACACAGUGUAAUAGCUAUAUGUAUGUAGCUGUAGUUUAUUUCCACACAUAUCUCCAUUCUUAUUAGUUAUAAGUUGGAUUUCACAGUACUUAUCAUUAAUCCUUUUACGUUGGAUUUCACAGUACUUAUCCUUAAUUAUUUUACGUUGGAUUUCACAGUACUUAUCCUUAAUUAUUUUCCUACACAUCCUUCUCAUUAAUUUAAGGUUUAGUCUAUGGCUGAAACAUUUAAUUAGACAUUUGAGCGGUUCACAAAUAAUAUUAUAUUAAUGAUUUAUCCUUUUAAUAUGAAAUGUGAAAUGUAGACCAGGAGAAAGGGUGACUUGGGAAAUAACCAUGUUAUUUUUGUAAAACAUAUUUCAUGAGACACAUGUAUCUGAUUGCUGAUAGCUACCUCAAGAGUGGAACUGACCCAAGGAGGCCCUAUCUUGUCUCUAGACUCUUGUCUUUUGUCUCUAGACUCUUGUCUCUAGACUCUUGUCUCUUGUUUCUAGACUCUUGUCUCUAGACACUUGUCUCUAGACUCUUUUCUCUUGUCUCUAGACUCUUGUUUCUAGACUCUUCUCUCUUGUUUCUAGACUCUUCUCUCUUGUCUCUAGACUCUUCUCUCUUGUCUCUAGAUUCUUCUCUCUUGUCUCUUGUUUCUAGACUCUUGUCUCUUGUCUCUUCUCUCUUGUCUCUUCUCUCUAGAGAGACUUCUCUCUUGUCUCUAGACUCUUGUCUCUAGACUCUUGUCUCUAGACUCUUCUCUCUUGUCUCUAGAUUCUUCUCUCUUGUCUCUUGUUUCUAGACUCUUGUCUCUUGUCUCUUCUCUCUUGUCUCUUCUCUCUAGAGAGACUUCUCUCUUGUCUCUAGACUCGUCUCUAGACUUGUCUCUAGACUCUUGUCUCUAGACUCUUGUCUCUAGACUCUUGUCUUUUGUCUCUUGUUUCUAGACUCUUGUCUCUAGACUCUUGUCUCUAGACUCUUGUCUUUUGUCACUAGACUCUUGUCUCUAGACUAUUCUCUCUUGUCUCUAGACUAUUCUCUCUUGUCUCUAGACUCUUCUCUCUUGUCUCUAGACUCUUGUCUCUAGACUCUUCUCUCUAGACUCUUCUCUCUUGUCUCUAGACUCUUGUCUCUAGACUCUUCUCCCUUGUCUCUAGACUCUCGUCUCUAGAUGAUUGUCUCUAGACUCUUCUCUCUUGUUUAUAGACUCUUGUCUCUAGACUCUUCUCUCUUGUUUAUAGACUCUUGUCUCUAGACUCUUCUCUCUAGACUCUUGUCUUUUGUCACUAGACUCUUCUCUCUAGACUCUUGUCUCUAGACUCUUCUCUCUUGUCUCUAGACUCUUGUCUCUAGAUUCUUGUCUCUAGACUCUUCUCUCUUGUCUCUUGUUUCUAGACUCUUGUCUCUAGACUCUUGUCUCUAGACUCGUCUCUAGACUCUUGUCUCUAGACUCGUCUCUAGACUCUUGUUUCUAGACUCUUGUCUCUUGUCUCUUCUCUCUUGUCUCUUCUCUCUAGAGAGACUUCUCUCUUGUCUCUAGACUCUUGUCUCUAGACUCGUCUCUAGACUCUUGUCUCUAGACUCUUGUCUCUAGACUCUUCUCUCUUGUCUCUAGACUCUUGUCUCUAGACUCUUGUCUCUAGACUCUUGUCUCUAGACUCUUCUCUCUUGUCUCUAGACUCUUGUCUCUAGACUCUUGUCUCUAGACUCUUGUCUCUAGACUCUUCUCUCUUGUCUCUAGACUCUUGUCUCUAGACUCUUGUCUCUAGACUCUUGUCUCUAGACUCUUCUCUCUUGUCUCUAGACUCUUGUCUCUAGACUCUUGUCUCUAGACUCUUCUCUCUUGUCUCUAGACUCUUGUCUCUAGACUCUUGUCUCUAGACUCUUGUCUCUAGACUCUUCUCUCUUGUCUCUAGACUCUUGUCUCUAGACUCUUCUCUCUAGACUCUUCUCUCUAGACUCUUGUCUCUAGACUCUUGUCUCUAGACUCGUCUCUAGACUCUUGUCUCUCGACUCUUGACAAAAUGUUGGGCCUUUGUGCUGGCUAAGUAUAAUUAAAUUAAGUUGUUUACUUACCAUACAGUACAUCCUCUCGGCAUCCGCUUCCCCCCUUUUAAUGAUACCACAAUGACAUAAUUUAGGGUUAUAGCACUGUAAACAUCUACUUUAUAGGAGUUGUUUUGGAGUUGAAUUGAGCAGCCAGGACUUUUUUUUUGGAUUUAUCAGAAGAGAGAGAGCACAGAGUGGGAAAGCCAGGCUACAGGGUUAAUUUGCAGUGAUUGUGCAGGUCAUUUUCUGCAUGGUUAAACACAAGGUCCCUCGAUAGGGUGGAAAGUGCUAGCUGGUGUUGCUCGACCUGUGCAUGCUGGAUGGAAAUGUGUGUGUGUUUGGGGGAGAUUGUGUUGCUAUGUGUAUUGGAAUUACACACAUUCAAACUGUGUACUUUCCAACUUGAGUAUCCAGGCUGAUUUCAUUGUUGUUUUGACUGAGUGAAUGAGCUUUGAUUGACAGGUUGUUUAUCAAUCAUGUCAAUGUACUCAGACUACAGACUCAUGCAAUUCCUAGAUAGGAAUUGCUUUCCUAGAUUUGGAAAGCUAAAAUAAAAACAUCAAUUAUAAUUGUAUGUAUGUUUGCCAAACUGAUCGUUGUGAUUAAUGCAGUCCAAGAGCUUUAGAGUUAGUUUUUUUAUUGCUUGUUUUUGACCUAUAGUUGCUCUCUGCCAAUGUAAUUGAUUAUGUUACUUCCUCUUAACUCCCUCUCUCUUUCUUUCUCUCUCUCUCUCUCUCUCUCUCUCUCUCUCUCUCUCUCUCUCUCUCUCUCUCUCUCUCUCUCUCUCUCUCUCUCUACAUCUCUCUCUCUCCCCCCUCCUCCCCCCUCUGCCGCUCCUUCUCUCCCUUCCUCUCCCCCUCUGCAGACUUGCGUCGGAUGAACAGUUCCAGUGUGUUCUGGGACAGAGGUGUGAGUGGAGGUUACCAGGCCCUGCUACUGGAUGAGGACCGUGGCUGGCUCCUGGUGGGGGGCAGAGACCACAUCUACCUUCUCCACUCUGACAGCCUGGCUCUUCCUACACGCACGGUACGGACAGCACCCUAAAUGUAUAGCUAAGGCCAGCACCAUAGCAUACCAUGACUCUGUUUUGAAUCAGUCAAGGCUCCUUCCCAACUGUGUUCUCUUAGAUCUCCACAUUCUCAAGAAAACACAGAGGGAUAUCCUAAAGUAAUGAUGAAAGGCAUUAUAUGUUAUUAUAUAUAUGCAUAUUUAAGCCUCACCUGUAUCCUUCCCUCCCUCCCUCCCUCCCUCCCUCCUCUAGAUCUACUGGCCAGCUGUGAAGGAACACGUCGAGCACUGCAGACUGGCAGGGAAGAACCUGUCGGUAAGCAACAACAUCUCUAAGAGCCAGAACAAACAUGGAUUAACAACAUGGAUGAACUUUCCCACAAAUCUGUUUAGGUGCUCAGAAGAUCUGAUGCCUUAUUUAGUAGUCAUCUGGUAUGGAGAGCCAGGCACGCUCAUAGCACGUUAUUGGGACAAGCACCCCUCACAGUGUAUAAUUAAAACAAGGCCAAUCUUUAUUUAUGGUCAUGUUGUUUUAGGUUUAUGAGACCCAGGGGAGACGGGUAGGUUCUCAUCCCUCUGUCUGGGACCUGACUGACAAUUCCUUUACAUACAAAGUCAUCCUUCUUCCACCCCCUCCCCCACCCCCCCCAUAAAAAAAGGUGGUUGUCCCACUGGCUAUCAUAAGUUGAAUGCACCAAUUUGUAAGUCGCUCUGGAUAAGAGCAUCUGCUAAAUUAUGUAAAUGUAAAUAUAACACACAAUAACAACCAAAGGUGACAGGUGAUUCUACUCUGACAAUGUUCAAUCAAUUAUUGGUUGAUUUCUUCAUAAAUAAUUGGCCUUGAGGCAAAGACAGCAAACAGGUUAAUCAGGCUGGUGUGUAGAAGAACAGGUAUAGGAUUUAGGAUGGUCCUCUGUAGCUCGGUUGGUAACGCACGGCACUUUCAAUGCCAAUAUCAAGGGUUUGAUUCUCGCUGGGGCCACUCAUAUAUAUGCACACAGGAUGGUGUGUUGCUUUUGGAUAAAAGCGUCUCCUAAAUGGAAUAUAUAUACAGUAUAUAUAUAUAAUGUUUAAUCUCUGUUAACUAUGGGCUGUAAUGUAGAUGUGGGUCAUGUAUGUUUAAUGUAAAUCCUAACAUUGUUUCAGACUGACUGCGCCAACUACGUGCGUCUCCUCCAGCCCUUCAACAAGACCCAUGUGUACGUCUGUGGCACCGGGGCCUACCACCCACAAUGCACCUACAUAGACCUGGGACACAGCACUGAGGUGAGGAAAGGAAGGAGGGAGGGAAAGAGGGAGAGAGAGAGAGAAGAGGUUGGGGGGAGGCCCAUGUGUAGGUCUGUGGCACGGGGCCUACCACCCACAAUGCACCUACAUAGACCUGGGGCCUAGGAGGGGAAGGACUUCAUCCAGGAGAGAGAGGCUCUGACUAAACUCUCUGUUCCAUCUCUCUGACUAAACCCUGACUAAACUCUCUGUUCCAUCUCUCUGACUAAACUCUGACUAAACUCUCUGUUCCAUCUCUCUGACUAAACUCUGACUAAACUCUCUGUUCCACUCUCUCUGACUAAACUCUGACUAAACUCUCUGUUCCAUCUCUCUGACUAAACUCUGACUUGUUAUCUCUCUGUGUUGGCUCGGACGGAUCACAGGGAGAGAGUCUCAAUCUGCCUUUCUUUUUCUUUAUAAUUUGUUUUAAUUGUAGGGCGGAUAUCAUAAAUGCUAUAAAAAUAAAAAUAAAAAUAAAUUUUUUUCGUGAUAUCCAAUUGGUAGUUAGUCUUUUACCAUCGCUGCAAAUUCCCUACGGACUCGGGAGAGAGCCAUUUACACAAUCCUGCCAAGCCGCACUGCUUCUUGACACACUGCUAGCUUAACCCGGAAGCCAGCCGCGCCAAUGUGUCGGAAGAAACAUCAUCCAGCUGGCGACCGAAGUCAGCUUGCAGGCGCCCAGCCCGCCACAAGGAGUCGCUAGAGCGUGAUGGGACAAGAAAAUCCCGGGCCGGCCAAACCCUCCCUUAACCCGGACGACGCUGCGCCAAUUGUGCUCCGCCUCAUGGGUCUCCCGGUCACGGCCGGCUGUAGUGAUGCCUAAGCACAUUAUGAAAAUCCACUCUACAUAAUGAAAAUCCAGCAGUCAACACACAACACAGCUACUAUGUUACAGAUAUCAACCCCCUGUGUGAUCUCAAAUGGCUCAAAAGAUCUUAUGUGGGCACACUCACCCUUGGCUCUUCGACUUACUCCUCUUGGCCUCUUGGCUUCCAUCCACAUCACCCUUUUCUCAGCAAGGGAUUUUGCAGCUCAGGGGAGGAGGGUUAAUGUUAUUGUGGAGAUUAAAUUAUUACAUUGUGGUAGUUGAGAUGGUUCUCUGUGGUUGAGGAGGCUAAUGCUAUUGUGGAUGUGACAUCAUUCUCUGCACAGAUCAGAAUAGAAUAUAGAAUGAGUAGAAUAUAACUAUAUUGAAUCUCUAUGGUUCUCUGUGGGUCUCCAAGGAGCCGUUGUUCCGUCUGCAGAGCCAUGCUGUGGAGUCUGGACGGGGGAAAUGCCCCUUCAGUCCACAGGAACCCUUCACCGCCAGGCUCACCGGUAAGUAAUAUACAAAUAUUAUGUCCAUAUAGGAGACCCUUGUAGUGACAUACAGAACGUUGACAUGGACACAUGCUAUAUUUUCAGUAUAUAAAGAGAAGUAAUACAUCCAGCUAAUAUGGAAAAAUACUGACAUUAAUGAGACCCUUUCCUCCACAAUGACUUACAGAACUGUCAACGUUGACUGUGACACACAAUAUUCAGUAUAUGGCCUAUGCGGGAAUCAAACCCACCCUUAAAAGACUUGAGAAUAAUUAUGAAACCCUUCAGAAAUGGUGUGACCAGGAAGGGAGUUAGAGAGAGAGACAGAGAACCACAUUAUUUAGUUCUCACAUAGUUUGCAGUGGACGUCAAUCCCGCCGGACCUCAGUACAUAAAACAUAUGGUUCAUAAUUAGGGGUAAUGGAGUUAGCGGCUACCACUGGGAAUGAGGCUCUGCUCUGUACUUUUUAGGAGUUUUAAGACGCCUCUCUAUGUGAUUGAAGAUCCAAAAGCAUUAGCUGAAUUCCAUAUUCACACAGGCUAUAUAUUAUAUAAACAAUAUACUGUCAAGAAAACAUGACAGACAUGUUUGUCUGUUGCAUAAGGGUAUCUCUGUAUGUAUAGUUUCCAAAACAAUGAAACCCAAAUUCCUCUUAGCCUUAUAAACCAGCCAGAUCGCUGAGUUCAGCCAAAUUGACUCUGCCUUGAAGAGGGCAUUAUGAAGAUGUAACAGAGAUAUAUGUGUGUGUGUUUUCUUAAGCCAAACCGCUCCCUAUCUCACCCCUAGAUGGAGAUUUGUAUGCGGGGACGUCUGUGGAUUUCAUGGGCACCAACGCAGCUAUAUUCCGUACCUCUGUCCACAGCAGCAAACAACACUAUAUACGCACCGAGGCCUACCAAGACCACUGGCUCAAUGGUGAGGCGCAGACGAGGACACAAUGUCAAAGAAAAGAUAAAUGUCUCUAUGCCAGUUGUCAUAGAGGUUUCCUAAUUAUACGUACCAAGCUAGGUCGCUGGCACAGGCCUCAUCCUUCACUCAGACAAUUAUUGGGUUCUUGCCAAUCUUGUCGUCAUUUUGAGGAGGCAAAUCACUCCAAGUCAUUAUUUGGCGUUUCUGUCUAAGACAAAUGUCCAAUACUGAAGUGAGUUGAUGAGUAUGAGUCCUCAUUGUGAUAUCCUUUGUUUCCCCCAUGCAGAGCCUUAGUUUGUGGGUUUAUUCUCCAUCCCAGACACUCAUCAUGUUCUAGACUGUUCUAAAGGGUUCCCACAGAUGUAGGAUGUUAAUUUUAGCCAGUUUGUUACAGCAGGAAAAUAAUCAUGCAGCAACAGGAAAUGUGAGUUAUGUGGAUUAGAAUUAAUGGACAUUUUUGUAGGGUUUGCUAAAUAUUUCAUAAGGGAAAAAAAUCAAGUCUGAAAUGUUAAAAUGGAAAUGACAAACUUUAGAAUCCUUUUAAACCUCAAAUACACUGCAAGUUUAAAAUGUCCUGCAUCUGCAUACUGUACUAUCUUCCUCACCAUGAUGUCAUUUCCUCCCAAUGCAGAGCCAAAGUUUGUGGGUUCCUUCUCCAUUCCGGACACACACAGUGUGGACGAUGACAAGGUCUACUUCUUCCUCAAGGAGACGGCUGUAGAGUCCAGCCAGUGGGACAAGAGGGUUUACAGCAGAGUGGCACGCAUCUGCAAGUAAAUAGGAUGAUGUGGAGAACAGCGUGAGAUGAGAGGGUGGAUAUGGAGAACAUAACAAGUAUAUACCGCAGCGACCUUCACCCAACAUUUGGCGACCUCAUCAAGAGGUUUUGGACCUCUUGGCAUAACGGUUGAGGUGUUGGCUUGAUGGUCACUAGACCUUGUUUUGAGUCCCGGUUGGGGCUGAAUUCCCUGCAAUAUUUUCACAAAGGGCUUAACAGCAGAUCCUACAGUAACAGCAGAUCCUACAGUAACAGCAGAUUCUACAGUAACAGCAGAUCCUACAGUAACAGCAGAGACUACAGUAACAGCAGAUACUACAGUAACAGCAGAUCCUACAGUAACAGCAGAUCCUACAGUAACAGCAGAGACUACAGUAACAGAAGAGACUUCAGUAACAUCAGAGACUUCAGUAACAUCAGAUCCUACAGUAACAUCAGAGACUACAGUAACAUCAGAGACUACAGUAACCGCACAUUCUACAGUAACAGCAGAUCCUACAGUGACCGAUUUGACUGAUAUUAGUGAGACAAAAAGUACCUAACUGAAAGACAUGUAGGUGUUGAUUUCAUGUCCGAUCUCCUCCUUGUGUCUCUCGUUAGAAUGACGUUGGAGGGAAGAGGAGUCUGAUUAACCGUUGGAGUACCUUCCUCAAGGCCCGUCUGAUGUGUUCUGUACCAGGACCUGGGGGACUGGACACACAGUUUGAUGAGCUCGGUACUCUGCUUUAUCUAUACUGCUGAAAUGUUUUUUUUUAUGUUUUAAUGAACAUUUUGACUUGUAAUAUCAUGACUUUCAUAACAAUACAUUAUUAAUUUGUUUGUUUAGUGGUUUUGGUUUUCUGGCUUGUAACUUUCCACUUUUUGAUUUUGAUUGCCAAUGUUUCGGUGUACAAUGUAUUGGUAAAAUGAGUACAGGUUAUAUUUUAGCCUGAUAAGGUAUUCGUUUUGUUAACUGUCUCUGUCUGUGGUUCCCCACUGUGAUUCAUUUCAGAGGAUAUCUUCAUUCUGGAGACCAAAGACUCCCAGAACCCCGUCAUCUAUGGAGUUUUCUCAACCUCCGGGUCAGUUUGGGCUUUAAACAUUUAACAACAAAUAUUAUUGUAUGAUUAAUAUGAUUCAUUUUAUGACAAUAACUGAGACCUAUUGAAUUAUUGAUUUUAUUUUAAAGUGGAACUGACACUGCUUUAACUACUUUUCAGAUAUGAAACAAACAGACAAUCAUAAUAUCAGUCAAAAACAUCAACAUCCCAUUUUAUGCUACAAAAUCAACUUUAUAAGUGGUUUUAAAAAUAGGUUCUAUUCGACUCAACAUUCCAUGACGCACACUAAGGUAUUGUUGGCAGAAUAGAUGGAUGCAGUUCAAAGCAUGAUUAAUAUAAUUCACCAAUACAUUUCUUGGUAGUCCAAAAAAUAUUGCUCUCAGGUUGUAAAUCACAGCUGGCCUGGAACGUUGUUUGCUGCCUCCAUUCGGGAUGCACUGUUUCAGUGACUCAAUACUUCGGACAGAAAAGACGAAUGUAACUAAGGCUGGGAAUGUCAAUACAAUCAAACUAGCAAGGGCAAUGAUCACAAGUCAGUCAUAGGCCCUCUGUAGCUCAGUUGGUAGAGCAUGGCGUUUGCAACGCCAGGGUUGUGGGUUUGAUUCCCACGGGGGGGCCAGUAUGAAAAUGUAUGCACUCACUAACUGUAAGUCGCUCUGGAUAAGAGCGUCUGCUAAAUGACUAAAACGUGAAUAACGUGGCUAAUAGGCUGGAGUACGUGUCAAACACGCGGGCCGAAUAGGACACACAAGCGAGUCAACAGUUGAGUCAUCUACUUUAUGAAAUUACAGCCUGAUGCGCUCCAAUCGGUGAAUUCAACUUCAGUUGCGCUGCUUUCAUUUGUCCAGUUUACCGGCGCACAGCGGAGGGAAAGUGUACAGACACAUGCCACAGUCCUAGCCAGGCUACUAAAAUGUUGCCGUCUGGCUUCGGUUUUUAAAGCUUGACAAGGAAUAACCAAAAAACAAAACACCAUGCAAAGGGGAAACAUGUCGGCCUGUUAUAGAAACAUUUGAUCAGUAGCCUAGGCUGGCUGCUCAACUACAAUACAUUUUGAGUGUAACAUAAAGCGAUGCUGCAUUCAACCAUACCAGUGAUCCAUGCAGUGCAAAAAAAGGAAAAACAUGUUUUAUGUUUAAAUGUUACAACAACAUAUAGCUAUGUUUUUGUUAUUUUGAGUUAUUAAAUACUUUUUGAUUAGGGUCGCAGCAUAUUGUGCACAUCUGCAAGCAUAGCAGCGAAGGCUGGACAAAUAUGAUUUAUCUCUUCUUUUGUUUUAAUAUGUUCAAAUGCUAUAUACAGCAUCCUAUGUACAUAAGUGGACAUUAUAAAGGGUCGUAUUUUUUUCCAUAUCCAACAAUGGCCAGUUCGCAGUUGCAUGUUUGUUGUUGUAAAAACAAAUAGGCUAUGUCUGGCCUGCGAAUUCGUUGUGUGAAUCGCUUUUCUAGCUAGCUAUGCUAAACUUGAACGACUGUUAUCCACAGUUAGCUUAUCUCUCAGUUGUCAAUCAAAUGUAUUUGGCUGGCAGGCAGGCAGGCAAGUUCCCAUUCAGUUAUCAAAACGUGGGUUGGGACAAGCAGGCUUUGGCAGGCAAGUUGCAGAAGGACGAGCAGACUACUAUUCCCCAUUGUUUAUGUGUGUAAUUUUGACGGCCAACUAGCUGAAAACUUUUGAGAGGGUUUAUCUAGUUUUCCCUCGUUAGAUUUUAGCUCAUCUUGCUCUGGCUAGCAUUAGUUGUUGAUCUUGUUGUUGUUGAUGUGCAUAACUGAGGGAGAGAGAGCCUACCUUUUCAUGGUUGUUUGAUCAAUAGGACUGUGAAGUUCCCAAAUGUAAGAGGACUCCCGUGGUAUUUACAUGUUUGCAGAAAUCCAUUCAGGUGUAUUUUGUGGCUUUAGGUGAAUGCGUUCUAACGAUCUAAAGUCGCGCUGUUGCUACUGCCUGUAAACACACAGUCCAGUUCAACGUGAAUGAUGGCAGACCCGUUUCGCAUAUAGGCUUACUGUAGAGCCGAUUGGCUUUGGCGCACUGGUCUGCAUAGACUCCGGUCCUGGACAAGACAGAUGUUUUUAUUAGGUUUUAUUUACUGCGGUUUAUUAAUUGUCAUUUUCCCACUCUAUAUUGCUAUAGAAUUCUCACAAAUUCCUUACUGUACGUCAUUCCCAAACAUUCUAUGAAUUUAUGAAAACGUGAAAAUGACCAUAUCUAAGUGCUCGCUUGUCAGAAAACGUAAAAAAUAUUAUUAUUCUUCCUGGGGGUGUAUAUGAACAGAUUUUUAAAAAAGAUUUCAUGUUGCUGAAACGCUGUCAGUUCCACUUUAAGAACUAGAGAAAAUACACUGUCACUGUAUUGCAGACCUUUCAUCUGUGGACAAAUGAAAAUGUGUGAUUCUCAGUGAGAAACACCCUAAAAGACAACAGACCAUUGAAAGAAUGUUAAAAGGAUGUUAUCUUGUUCCAUAACAAAACAACCAGCCAAUCAGCCUGACACGUGCACUCUCCCACCCCCUGACACGUGCACUCUCCCGUCUUAGCACUGCAGUGACCCCAGGGGUUAUUGAGGGGUCAGGGGUGGAGAGGCUCGGCUGGAUGUGUUAUUGUAACCCACCCGGAUCCAUGUUAACACUCUCUUACCCUAUCCACCUUCCUCCUCUCUCUCUUCUCUUUCCUUUUUCUGUCUCCUCUCCUCUUCUCUCCUCUCCUCUCCUCUCCUCUCCCUCUCCCUCUCCCUCUCCCUCUCCCUCUUCUCUCUCCUUCUCACCCUCUCCUCUCCUUUCCUCAGCAUUGAAACCCCUCUCCUCUCUCUCUUCUCUCCCCUAGUUCUGUAUUCAGAGGGUCAGCAGUGUGUGUCUACUCCAUGGCAUCUAUCAGGGCAGCCUUCAACGGUCCGUUUGCCCAUAAGGAAGGGCCGGACUACCACUGGGUGGAGUACAAGGGGAGGAUUCCAUAUCCACGACCUGGGACUGUGAGUUCUCGGCAGGGACGGUCUGAGGAAGUGACAAACAGAUAGACGGACGGAUGGGCAAACAGACGGACAGAAAGAUAGGGAAGCAAGCAGAAAUAGAGAUAGGCAGACAGACAGAUUAAUAAAUCAUUUAAAAAAUACAUUAGCUGUGCUUGAUUGAGCUAGCCUUUUACAACGGAACUAAUCGAAAAGUCCCAAAAGUGUAAACCCUGCCCCCCUGGCACUCCAAGCGAGUUUAAGGAAACUCUCAAAAUAUUUGAAAGGUUUCAAAAAGUAUUUGAACCCUGGCCUGGUGGCAGACAAGCAGGCGGACAGACAGGCAGACAUACAGGCGGACAGACAAGUGGACAGAAAGGCAACACGUGUGUUGAUUUAAACUAGCUGGAAGCCAACCACUGGCUGGUUGAUUAAAACAAGCUGAUAAAGCUGUUGGAAGCUAACCGUGGCUCGUUGAUUAAAACAAGCUGAUAAAGCUGUUGGAAGCUAACCGCUGGCUGGUUGAUUAAAACAAGCUGAUAAAGCUGUUGGAAGCUAACUGCUGGCUGGUUGAUUAAAACAAGCUGAUAAAGCUGUUGGAAGCUAAGCGCUGGCUGGUUGAUUAAAACAAGCUGAUAAAACUGUUGGAAGCUAACCGCUGGCUGGUUGUUUUAACACCUCGGCUAUGCAUUCUCCUGGGAAGCAGUAACUUGUCAGCCAGAGGCUUCAGGGGAAUGUUUAAUGUGUUUUAGUGCUCUGUCGGAAAUGGCUUGCUUUCACUGUUAUUCUAGUCCCCCUGUUAGGGAACACUACAGGCAGUGGAGCGGCUCCUUGGAUGUGCUUGAUUACCACACACACACACACACAUACACAUUCACACACACACACACAUACCCACACACACACACACGGUUCCUUGAAAGUGGUUGAUUACAACUAGGGUCAUGGACGUCAGUGUUUUGGUUACAUGAUUAAAAUUCAAGUGAAACAGCUUCACAUCAUCCGCCAGUGUAAUUUAAACCCCAGAGUCACUGAACAGCACGCAUAGAGAGAGUAAAAUGGCAGCUACAUUUCAAAGGAAAUAAUAGUAGUUGAAAUGGGGUCUGUUGCCAGUUUAAACACCAAAAAACUUCAACAUGGUACUCAUGCUUGUCAUAUCUAGCAGUGACUUUGUUUUGCCAGGAUGGUAGGAGGAAAUUACAUCCACUCUGAUAACUGAAGAUUAAAUGACCUUCCUUAGAUGAUAUAAGUAGCUGUGCUUUGCCUGAGUGUUACAGUGUGCAGUGUGUUUUGUGAUCAAAGUGUUGUUACUUUUUUUAUCAUAAAACAUUAAACAAAACCACAACAGUCAUCUAACUAGAACAACAAUACAAAUCAGAACUCUGUUUUUCACUUUGACCUUCAAGUAAUAAUCCUUGAAUAAUGAUUGAAUAAUGCUUUCAUAAUCCUUUAUAUAAACCUUUAAUAGUACAGUGAGGGAAAAAAGUAUUUGAUCCCCUGCUGAUUUUGUACGUUUGCCCACUGACAAAGAAAUGAUCAGUCUAUAAUUUUAAUGGUAGUUAUAUUUGAACAGUGAGAGACAGAAUAACAACAAAAAAAUCCAGAAAAACGCAUGUCAAAAAUGUUAUAAAUUUAUUUGCAUUUUAAUGAGGGAAAUAAGUAUUUGACCCCCUCUCAAUCAGAAAGAUUUCUGGCUCCCAGGUGUCUUUUAUACAGGUAACGAGCUGAGAUUAGGAGCACACUCUUAAAGUGAGUGCUCCUAAUCUCAGUUUGUUACCUGUAUAAAAGACACCUGUCCACAGAAGCAAUCAAUCAAUCAGAUUCCAAACUCUCCACCAUGGCCAAGACCAAAGAGCUCUCCAAGGAUGUCAGGGACAAGAUUGUAGACCUACACAAGGCUGGAAUGGGCUACAAGACCAUCGCCAAGCAGCUUGGUGAGAAGGUGACAACAGUUGGUGCGAUUAUUCGCAAAUGGAAGAAACACAAAAUAACUGCCAAUCUCCCUCUGCCUGGGGCUCCAUGCAAGAUCUCACCUCGUAGAGUUGCAAUGAUCAUGAGAACGGUGAGAAAUCAGCCCAGAACUACAUGGGAGGAUCUUGUCAAUGAUCUCAAGGCAGCUGGGACCAUAGUCACCAAGAAAACAAUUGGUAACACACUACGCCGUGAAGGACUGAAAUCCUGCAGCUCCCGCAAGGUCCCCCUGCUCAAGAAAGCACAUAUACAUGCCCGUCUGAAGUUUGCCAAUGAACAUCUGAAUGAUUCAGAGGAGAACUGGGUGAAAGUGUUGUGGUCAGAUGAGACCAAAAUGGAGCUCUUUGGCAUCAACUCAACUCGCCAUGUUUGGAGGAGGAGGAAUGCUGCCUAUGACCCCAAGAACACCAUCCCCACCAUCAAACAUGGAGGUGGAAACAUUAUGCUUUGGGGGUGUUUUUCUGCUAAGGGGACAGGACAACUUCACCGCAUCAAAGGGACGAUGGACGGGGCCAUGUACCAUCAAAUCUUGGGUGAGAACCUCCUUCCCUCAGCCAGGGCAUUGAAAAUGGGUUGUGGAUGGGUAUUCCAGCAUGACAAUGACCCAAAACACACGGCCAAGUCAACAAAGGAGUGGCUCAAGAAGAAGCACAUUAAGGUCCUGGAGUGGCCUAGCCAGUCUCCAGACCUUAAUCCCAUAGAAAAUCUGUGGAGGGAGCUGAAGGUUCGAGUUGCCAAACGUCAGCCUCGAAACCUUAAUGACUUGGAGAAGAUCUGCAAAGAGGAGUGGGACAAAAUCCCUCCUGAGAUGUGUGCAAACCUGGUGGCCAACUACAAGAAACGUCUGACCUCGUGAUUGCCAACAAGGGUUUUGCCACCAAGUACUAAGUCAUGUUUAGCAGAGGGGUCAAAUACUUAUUUCCCUCAUUAAAAUGCAAAUCAAUUUAUAACAUUUUUGACAUGCAUUUUUCUGGAUUUUUUUGUUGUUAUUCUGUCUCUCACUGUUCCAAUAAACCUACCAUUAAAAUGAUAGACUGAUCAUUUCUUUGUCAGUGGGCAAACGUACAAAAUCAGCAGGGGAUCAAAUACUUUUUUCCCUCCCCAGUGUCCCAGUGUGACCUACGACCCCCUCCACAAGUCUACUCGUGACUUCCCUGAUGACGUAGUGAGCUUCAUGAGGGGUCACCAGCUGAUGUGGGAACCCAUCCUGCCCGUCACACGCCGGCCCGUCUUCACCCGCGUCAAUGUACCCUACACCCUACGAAGGGUGGUAGUGGAUAGGGUGGAUGCUGAUGAUGGACAGUAUGACGUCCUACACCUGGGCACAGGUAAGAGAGCGUGUGAACGUGCUACACCCUACCCAGGGUACAGGGAGAAAGUGGGGCUGGGGUGUAGUAGUGAACAGUGUUCCCUACACCCUACGAAGGGUGGUAGUGGAUAGGGUGGAUACUGAGUAUGAUAUAUAUAUUGACAGUAUGAUAUAAUACACCUGAUUUCUGGAACAGGUUAUAGUAGAGAGUGGUGGCUUCACUAGUGCAACAGAACAAGACCAACAGAAGACAGGGGUGACUGAUACAACUUUAGAGGGGGGGGGGGCUGAGUACCAACAGUAGGAGGGGGCAUCGAUACCACCAGUGCAGAGGGCGGGUGUGACUACGACCCUACCAACAGUAGAGUAGAGGGGGGCUGAUCACAGUAGGAGGCUUGAUACCAACCAGUAGAUAGGGGUGGGGGACCCAUCCUGUCCACAGUAAGAGGGGGGCCCGCUGAUACCAACAGCGUGAAGAGGGGGGGCUGUACCCACACAGUAGAGAGGGUGGGAUAGGGUGGAUGCUCCAAAGUAGAGCAGAGGGGCUGAACCAACAGUAGAGAGAGGGUGGGCUACUACCCAGUACAGAGAAGAGAGGGGGGGGAGCUGAUACCAACCGUAGAAGGGGGAGGGGGGCUGAUACAACAGUAGAGAUUAUGGGUUGGCUGAUACCCAACAGUAGAGAGGGGGGGCUGAUACAACAGUAGAGAGAGAGAGCGGGGGCUGAUACCAACAGUAGAGAGGGGGGUGGGCUGUACAAAGUAGAGGGGGCUGAUACCAACAGUAGAGGGGGGGGGGGGGGUGGGGGGGGGCUUGAUACCAACAGUAGAGAGAGGGGGGGCUGAUCAACAGUAGGAGGGGGGGCUGAUACCAACAGUAGAGAGAGGGGGGGCGAUACACGUAGAGAGGGGGGCUGAUACACAGAGAGGAGGGGGGGGCUGAUACCAACAGUAGAGAGGGGGGGGGGGGCUGCGAUACCAACAGUAGAGAGAGGGGGGCUGAUACCAACAGUAGAAGAGGGGGGCGAUAACAGUGGAGGGGGGGGCUGAUACCAACAGUAGAGAGAGGGGGGGGGCUGAUACCAACAGUAGAGAGGGGGGGGCUGAUACCAACAGUAGAGAGGGGGGGGGCGGCUGAUACCAACAGUAAGAGGGGGGGGUGAAUAUAUACCAACAGUAAGGGGGUGGGGGUGAUACCACAGUAGAGAUAGUUGGGGGGGGUGAACCAACAGUAGAGAGGGUGGUGGGGAUCUGAUACCCAACGGUAAGAGGCGUUGGGCUAUACCACAGUGAGCAAGAGGGCCGGCUGAUACCAACAGUAGAGAGAGGGGGGGGGGGGGUGAUACCAACAGUAGAGAGGGGGGGGGGCUGAUCCGUAGGGGGGGGGUGAUACCAACAGUAGAGAGGGGGGGCUGAUAUCAAAAUGUAAGUUAGAUUGCAUUGGAGGCUUUAUCCAACCACAGUCAGCGUGCAUACUUUUGUGUAUGGGGGCCUGAUCGAACCCUAUUGGGUAUAGCGGCUGUACUACAAACAGUGAGCUAAGAGGGAGCAAUGAUACCAACAGUAGAGAGAGGGGGUGCUGAUACCACAGUAGAGAGGGGGGGGCUGAUACCAACAGUAGAGAGAGGGGGGCUGAUACCAACAGUAGAGAGGGGGGCUGAUACCAACAGUAGAGAGGGGGGGGGGGGCUGAUACCAACAGUAGAGAGGGGGGCUGAUACCAACAGUAUAGAGAGGGGGGCUGAUAACCAACAGUAGAGAGAGGGGGGGGCUGAUACCAACAGUAGAGAGGGGGGGGCUGAUACCAACAGUAGAGAGAGGGGGGCUGAUACCAACAGUAGAGAGGGGGGCUGAUACCAACAGUAGAGAGGGGGGGGGGCUGUGGGGGUGAUACCAACAGUAGAGAGGGGGGGGCUGAUACCAACAGUUAGAGAGAGGGGGGGGCUGAUACCAACAGUAGAGAGGGGGGGGCUGAUACCAACAGUAGAGAGAGGGGGGGGGGCUGAUACCAACAGUAGAGAGGGGGGCUGAUACCAACAGUAGAGAGGGGGGGGGGCUGAUACCAACAGUAGAGAGAGGGGGGGCUUGAUACCAACAGUAGAGAGGGGGGAGGGGGGGGGCUGAUACCAACAGUAGAAGAGGGGGGGGCUGAUACCAACAGUAGAGAGAGGGGGGCUGAUACCAACAGUAGAGAGAGGGGGGGGGGCUGAUACCAACAGUAGAGAGGGGGGGCUGAUACCAACAGUAGAGAGGGGGGGGGGCUGAUACCAACAGUAGAGGAGGGGGGGGCUGAUACCAACAGUAGAGAGGGGGGGGGGGGCUGAUACCAACAGUAGAGAGAGGGGGGGCUGAUACCAACAGUAGAGAGGGGGGGGCUGUGAUACCAAACAGUAGAGAGGGGGGGGGGGCUGAUACCAACAGUAGAGGAGGGGGGCUGAUACCAACAGUAGAGAGGGGGGCUGAUACCAACAGUAGAGAGGGGGGGGCUGAUACCAACAGUAGAGAGAGGGGGGGGCUGAUACCAACAGUAGGAGAGGGGGGGGGGGGCUUGAUACCAACAGUAGAGAGGGGGGGGGGGGCUGAUACCAACAGUAGAGAGGGGGGGGUGAUACCAACAGUAGAGAGGGGGGGGCUGAUACCAACAGUAGAGAGAGGGGGGGGCUGAUACCAACAGUAGAGAGAGGGGGGCUUGAUACCAACAGUAGAGAGGGGGGGGGGGGGGCUGAUACCAACAGUAGAGAGGGGGGGAUACCACAGUAGAGAGGGGGCUGAUACCAACAGUAGAGAGAGGGGGGGCUGAUACCAACAGUAGAGAGGGGGGGGCUGAUACCAACAGUAGAGAGGGGGGGGGGGCUGAUACCAACAGUAGAGAGGGGGGGGGGGCUGAUACCAACAGUAGAGGGGGGGCUGAUACCAACAGUAGAGAGAGGGGGGGGCUGAUACCAACAGUAGAGAGGGGGGGGGGCUGAUACCAACAGUAGAGAGAGGGGGUGAUACCAGUAGAGAGGGGGGGCUGAUACCAACAGUAGAGAGGGGGGGGGGGCUGAUACCAACAGUAGAGAGAGGGGGGCUGAUACAACAGUAGAGAGGGGGGGGGGGGCUGAUACCAACAGUAGAGAGGGGGGGGGGGGCUGAUACCAACAGUAGAGAGAGGGGCUGAUACCAACAGUAGAUGAGGGGGGGGCUGAUACCAACAGUAGAGAGAGGGGGGGGCUGAUACCAACAGUAGAGAGAGGGGGGCUGAUACCAACAGUUAGAGAGAGGGGGGGCUGAUACCAACAGUAGAGAGGGGGGCUGAUACCCAACCAGUAGGAGAGGGGGGGGCUGAUACCAACAGUAGAGAGGGGGGGGCUGAUACCAACAGUAGAGAGAGGGGGGGGGGCUGAUACCAACAGUAGAGGGGGGGGGGGGGGCUGAUACCAACAGUAGAGAGAGGGGGGCUGAUACCAACAGUAGAGAGAGGGGGGGGCUGAUACCAACAGUAGAGAGAGGGGGGCUGAUACCAACAGUAGAGAGAGGGGGGGGCUGAUACCAACAGUAGAGAGAGGGGGGCUGAUACCAACAGUAGAGAGGGGGGGGGCUGAUACCAACAGUAGAGAGAGGGGGGGGCUGAUACCAACAGUAGAGAGGGGGGGGGGCUGAUUACCAAACAGUAGAGAGGGGGGGGCUGAUACCAACAGUAGAGAGAGGGGGGGGCUGAUACCAACAGUAGAGAGGGGGGGGGGCUGAUACCAACAGUAGAGAGGGGGGGGGGCUGAUACCAACAGUAGAGAGGGGGGGGGCUGAUACCAACAGUAGAGAGAGGGGGGGGCUGAUACCAACAGUAGAGAGAGGGGGGCUGAUACCAACAGUAGAGAGGGGGGCUGAUACCAACAGUAGAGAGGGGGGGGCUGAUACCAACAGUAGAGAGGGGGGCUGAUACCAACAGUAGAGAGGGGGGCUGAUACCAACAGUAGAGAGGGGGGGGCUGAUACCAACAGUAGAGAGGGGGGCUGAUACCAACAGUAGAGAGGGGGGCUGAUACCAACAGUAGAGAGAGGGGGGCUGAUACCAACAGUAGAGAGAGGGGGGGGGCUGAUACCAACAGUAGAGAGAGGGGGGGGGCUGAUACCAACAGUAGAGAGGGGGGCUGAUACCAACAGUAGAGAGGGGGGCUGAUACCAACAGUAGAGAGGGGGGGGGGGGCUGAUACCAACAGUAGAGAGAGGGGCUGAUACCAACAGUAGAGAGGGGGGGGGGGCUGAUACCAACAGUAGAGAGGGGGGGGGGCUGAUACCAACAGUAGAGAGAGGGGGGGGCUGAUACCAACAGUAGAGAGAGGGGGGGCUGAUACCAACAGUAGAGAGAGGGGGGCUGAUACCAACAGUAGAGAGAGAGGGGGGCUGAUACCAACAGUAGAGAGGGGGGGCUGAUACCAACAGUAGAGAGGGGGGGGCUGAUACCAACAGUAGAGAGAGGGGGGGGGGCUGAUACCAACAGUAGAGAGGGGGGGGGGGGGCUGAUACCAACAGUAGAGAGAGGGGGGCUGAUACCAACAGUAGAGAGAGGGGGGGGGCUGAUACCAACAGUAGAGAGAGGGGGGCUGAUACCAACAGUAGAGAGAGGGGGGCUGAUACCAACAGUAGAGAGAGGGGGGGGCUGAUACCAACAGUAGAGAGAGGGGGGCUGAUACCAACAGUAGAGAGGGGGGGGGGCUGAUACCAACAGUAGAGAGAGGGGGGCUGAUACCAACAGUAGAGAGGGGGGCUGAUACCAACAGUAGAGAGGGGGGCUGAUACCAACAGUAGAGAGAGGGGGGGGCUGAUACCAACAGUAGAGAGAGGGGGGGGCUGAUACCAACAGUAGAGAGAGGGGGGCUGAUACCAACAGUAGAGAGGGGGGGGCUGAUACCAACAGUAGAGAGAAGGGGGCUGAUACCAACAGUAGAGAGGGGGGGGCUGAUACCAACAGUAGAGAGAGGGGGGGGCUGAUACCAACAGUAUAGAGGGUGGGGCUGAUACCAGAGAUGGAGACUAAUGUCUCAGUGAGAUCAUAAUGGUUUUGGGCAGGUCUACUGUAUGCUGGCUGGUCACCGUCGGUUACAAGCAAGCAAGCAAGCAACCAAAACCAAACCAAAACAACACAACUUCACUACACACACAUAAAAAAAGAUUGUAAAGAGAGUUUGCUCAGACUCUCCAGGCUACAUGCUGUAGCAGUUCCUUGGUAACCGUGAAACCUGGAGAACAGGGUGAUAAACAGACCCUAUAUGAGUUAGACAUCUAAUGAGGAUUUAUAGUGGCACCCUGAGUGGCGCUAGCAACUGUUACACUUUCUCCCUGUCACCCUGUCACCCUGUCACCCUGUCACCCUGUCACCCUGACACCCUGUCACCCUGUCACCCUGUCACCCUGUCACCCUGUCACCCUGACACCCUGUCACCCUGACACCCUGUCACCCUGUCAUCCUGUCACCCUGUCACCCUGACACCCUGUCACCCUGUCACCCUGUCACCCUUUCACCCUGACACCCUGUCACCCUGACACCCUGUCACCCUGUCAUCCUGUCACCCUGACACCCUGACACCCUGUCACCCUGUCACCCUGACACCCUGACACCCUGACACCCUGUCACCCUGUCACCCUGUCACCCUGACACCCUGUCACCCUGUCACCCUGUCACCCUGUCACCCUGUCACCCUGACACCCUGUCACCCUGUCACCCUGUCACCCUGUCACCCUGACACCCUGUCACCCUGUCAUCCUGUCACCCUGUCACCCUGACACCCUGUCAUCCUGUCAUCCUGUCAUCCUGUCACCCUGUCACCCUGACACCCUGACACCCUGUCACCCUGUCACCCUGUCACCCUGUCACUACCCGGCUCCUUCACCCAGUCCUGGUCACCUCUAGGAGCUGUUAGCUUUGUCCUCAGCACACAGAGUAGAUAGGUGUGUGUAGAGUGUGUGUAUAGUGUGUGUAGUGUGUGUAGUGUGUAUAGUGUGUAUAGUGUGUAUAGUGUGUGUAGUGUGUGUAGUGUGUGUAGAGUGUGUAGAGUGUGUAGAGUGUGUAGAGUGUGUAGAGUGUGUAGAGUGUGUGUAGUGUGUAGUGUGUAGUGUGUGUAGUGUGUGUAGAGUGUGUUUGCCGAGGGGUGUCUGUCUUAAAAUGAUUAACUUAAAAUAGGGUUAAGUUCAAGACACACAAACGCAAGUAUGGAUGGAGGCGCAUGCACACACACACAAACACACACACACACACACACACACACACACACACACACACACACACACACACACUGGAGUGUCAGCGUUGGUUCUUCAUGAUAAUGUCAGGAUGGUCCCAGGCAGGGAGUCAUUAUCCUGGGGAAAGGGUUACCGUGGGAACUUUCCUUUGGCUCAACAACUAAUCUAUGUCUGCUCUGAGCCUGAUGAACCAGGACAUACUGAGCUCCAAUGGCCCAGCUCACGUUAGUGUGAUCUCUGUUCCAUAACCCUGCACUCUGUCAUUCAAUCCUCUCUGCCUGGCCCCUGGUGUAACUCACUCAGAGUCCAUACACUACUGUAGGUAGGCAUCAUCGGGUCAAGACACAUAGGGCUUCUGUUUGAAGAUUUUCCAUUGAGAUUCUCAUCACUUGCAUUAAGGAAUAGUGAAUCAUGUCAGUAUUGAGAGUGUGGCUAAGCAAGGCAAGCGAUGUCUGGUGAGAUGAAUGAAUCCCAUGAUUUAGUAGCAUCAGCACCUAGACACAGAUUCAUUCAUCAAGCCGAGGUAGAUAGCUGAGCUCUUUCUGAGAAGCUCUCUCUCUCUGAAGGCUCUCCACUUAGCGGGGACCUUUGGUAUGACCUCUGGUCAACCCUUGAGGUUAAAUAUCCUAACUCAUGAAUCACACACUACCCUGUUAUCCCUGUUAAUGAGUUUAGUUUGGGCCGACACACACAACUUAACUUCUUCAGCUGACAACGCACACACACACACAUGCGCGCACACACACACACACACAUACACACAUAUACACACACACACACACAUGCACACACACACCCACACACAUGUACACACACACACACACAUGUACACACACACACAUGUACACACACACACACACACAUGCACACACACACACACACACACACACACACACACACACACACACACACACACACACACACACACACACACACACACACGUACACACACACAUGCACACACACACAUGUACACACACCAGACAACGCUACUAAGUAACGAUGACACCACAGCAUCAAUGCAUUAAGCACACAGUCAGGCAGGGUGGUUAGUCAGGCAGGGUGGUUGGUCAGGCAGGGUGGUUAGUCAGAUAGGGUGGUUAAUCCGGCAGGGUGGUUAGUCAGGCAGGGUGGUUAGCCAGGCAGGGUGGUUGGUCAGGCAGGGUGGUUGGUCAGGCAGGGUGGUUGGUCAGGCAGGGUGGUUAGUCAGGCAGGGUGGUUGGUCAGGCAGGGUGGUUGGUCAGGCAGGGUGGUUGGUCAGGCAGGGUGGUUAGUCAGGCAGGGUGGUUGGUCAGGCAGGGUGGUUGGUCAGGCAGGGUGGUUAGUCAGGCAGGGUGGUUAGCCAGGCAGGGUGGUUUGUCAGGCAGGGUGGUUAGUCAGGCAGGGUGGUUGUCAGGCAGGGUGGUUAGUCAGGCAGGGUGAUUAGUCAGGCAGGGUGGUUGGUCAGGCAGGGUGGUUACUCAGGCAGGGUGGUUAGUCAGGCAGGGUGGUUGGUCAGGCAGGGUGGUUACUCAGGCAGGGUGGUUACUCAGGCAGGGUGGUUAGUCAGGCAGGGUGGUUGGUUGGUCGGGCAGGGUGGUUAGUCAGGCAGGGUGGUUAGUCAGGCAGGGUGGUUGGUCAGGCAGGGUGGUUUCUCAGGCAGGGUGGUUAGUCAAGCAGGGUGAUUGGUCGGGCAGGGUGGUUACUCAGGCAGGGUGGUUACUCAGGCAGGGAUGUUGGUCAGGCAGGGUGUUUGGUUGGUGUGACAUAGAGACGUUUAACCCAGCAUUUGCAUUUGAAGAUCACCAGCUGUAUCAGACAUUAACUGUAAUUGGUUGUUGUUACCUGCGUAGGAAAAUCAUAUACACACCUGUCACUCACUUCCUCCUUCCUUUUUCUCUCUCCUGUUUAGAUGAUGGCAAGGUGCUGAAAGUGGUGUCUGUCCCCAAAGACAACUGGGAGACUGAGGAGAUCAUUCUGGAGGAGCUGACUGUCUUUCAGGUGAGAUAGAUAGGUAGAUUUGGAAUUUGGUUUACUUUCUGAAUUGACUUGAAUUUAAAUGGAGUUGAACCCAACCCUUUUACCAACUCAGAGGGUUGAGCUGCUAGAGUUUCAACUUCAGCCCAGAAACAUGACUGUACCUCAUAGGAACUACAUCUGAAAUGGGCCCAGCCAGGAAACAUGACUGUACCUCAUAGGAACUACAUCUGAAAUGGGCCCAGCCAGGAAACAUGACUGUACCUCAUAGGAACUACAUCUGAAAUGGGCCCAGCCCAGAAACAUGACUGUACCUCAUAGGAUCUACAUCUGAAAUGGGCCCAGCCCAGAAACAUGACUGUAUCUCAUAGGAACUACAUCUGAAAUGGGCCCAGCCAGGAAACAUGACUGUAUCUCAUAGGAACUACAUCUGAAAUGGGCCCAGCCAGGAAACAUGACUGUACCUCAUAGGAACUACAUCUGAAAUGGGCCCAGCCAGGAAACAUGACUGUACCUCAUAGGAACUACAUCUGAAAUGGGCCCAGCCCAGAAACAUGACUUUCCCUCAUAGGAACUACAUCUGAAAUGGGCCCAGCCAGGAAACAUGACUGUACCUCAUAGGAACUACAUCUGAAAUGGGCCCAGCCAGGAAACAUGACUGUACCUCAUAGGAACUACAUCUGAAAUGGGCCCAGCCCAGAAACAUGACUGUAUCUCAUAGGAACUACAUCUGAAAUGGGCCCAGCCAGGAAACAUGACUGUACCUCAUAGGAACUACAUCUGAAAUGGGCCCAGCCAGGAAACAUGACUGUACCUCAUAGGAACUACAUCUGAAAUGGGCCCAGUCAGGAAACAUGACUGUACCUCAUAGGAACUACAUGUAGAUCUGACAGAAAUGGAUAGGUAAUAGUAGUAGUAGCGCCACCUUGCCCUCUGAUAGACUAAUAGGAAAUUCCGCCAUAGUAUGCCAAUCAAAUCCUCUCAGAUCUUUUUUUAUUUAUUUUUGUAUUUCACCUUUAUUUAACCAGGUAAGCCAGUUGAGAACAAGUUCUCAUUUACAACUGCGACCUGGCCAAGAUAAAGCAAAGCGGUGCGAUAAAAACAACAACACAGAGUUACAUAUGGGGUAAAACAAAACAUAAAGUCAAAAAUACAACAGAAAAUAUAUAUACAGUGUGUGCAAAUGUAGCAAGUUAUGGAGGUAAGGCAAUAAAUAGGCUAUAGUGCAAAUUAAUUACAAUUAGUAUUAACACUGGAAUGCUAGAUGUGCAAGAGAUUAUGUGCAAAUAGAGAUACUGGGGAGCAAAAGAGCAAAAUAAAUAACAAUAUAGGGAUGAGGUAGUUGGGCGGGCUAAUUUCAGAUGGGCUGUGUACAGGUGCAGUGAUCGGUAAGGUGCUCUGACAACUGAUGCUUAAAGUUAGUGAGGGAGAUAAGAGUCUCCAGCUUCAGAGAUUUUUGCAAUUCGUUCCAGUCAUUGGCAGCAGAGAACUGGAAGGAAUGGCGGCCAAAGGAGGUAUUGGCUUUGGGAAUGACCAGUGAGAUAUACCUGCUGGAGCGCAGACUACGGGUGGGUGCUGCUAUGGUGACCAAUGAGCUAAGAUAAGGCGGGGAUUUGCCUAGCAGUGAUUUAUAGAUGGCCUGGAGCCAGUGGGUUUGACGACGAACAUGUAGUGAGGACCAGCCAACAAGAGCGUACAGGUCACAGUGGUGGGUAGUGUAUGGGGCUUUGGAGACAAAACGGAUGGCACUGUGAUAGACUACAUCCAAUUUGCUGAGUAGAGUGUUGGAGGCUAUUUUGUAAAUGACAUCGCCGAAGUCAAGGAUCGGUAGGAUAGUCAGUUUUACGAGGGCAUGUUUGGCAGCAUGAGUGAAGGAGGCUUUGUUGCGAAAUAGGAAGCCGAUUCUAGAUUUAACUUUGGAUUGGAGAUUCUUAAUGUGAGUCUGGAAGGAGAGUUUACAGUCUAACCAGACACCUAGGUAUUUGUAGUUGUCCACAUACUCUAGGUCAGACCCGUCGAGAGUGGUGAUUCUAGUCGGGUGGGCGGGUGCCAGCAGCGUUCGAUUGAAAAGCAUGCAUUUAGUUUUACUAGUGUUUAAGAGCAGUUGGAGGCUACUGAAGGAGUGUUGUAUGGCAUUGAAGCUCGUUUGGAGGUUUGUUAACACAGUGUCCAAUGAAGGGCCAGAUGUAUACAAAAGGGUGUCGUCUGCGUAGAGGUGGAUCUGAGAGUCACCAGCAGCAAGAGAGACAUCAUUGAUAUACACGGAGAAAAGUGUCGGCCCAAGAAUUGAACCCUGUGGCACCCCCAUAGAGACUGCCAUAGGUCCAGACAACAGGCCCUCCGAUUUGACACACUGAACUCUAUCUGAGAAGUAGUUGGUGAACCAGGCGAGGCAGUCAUUUGAGAAACCAAGGCUAUUUAGUCUGCCAAUAAGAAUGCGGUGGUUGACAGAGUCGAAAGCCUUGGCCAGGUCGAUGAAGACGGCUGCACAGUACUGUCUAUUAUCAAUCGCGGUUAUAAUAUCGUUUAGGACCUUGAGCGUGGCUGAAGUGCACCCAUGACCAGCUCGGAAACCGGAUUGCAUAGCGGAGAAGGUACGGUGGUAUUCGAAAUGGUCGGUGAUCUGUUUGUUAACUUGGCUUUAAAAUACUUUCGAAAGGCAGGGCAGGAUGGAUAUAGGUCUGUAGCAGUUUGGAUCUAGAGUGUCACCCCCUUUGAAGAGGGGGAUGACCGCGGCAGCUUUCCAAUAUCUGGGGAUCUCAGACGUUACGAAAGAGAGGUUGAACAGACUAGUAAUAGGGGUUGCGACAAUUUCGGCGGCUAGUUUUAGAAAGAAAGGGUCCAGAUUGUUUAGCCCAGCUGAUUUGUAGGGGUCCAGAUUUUGCAGCUCUUUCAGAACAUCAGCUGUCUGAAUUUGUGUGAAGGAGAAGCGGGGGGGGGGGCAUGGGCAAGUUGCAGCGGAGGGUGCAGAGUUGGUGGCCGGGGUAGUGGUAGCCAGGUGGAAAGCAUGGCCAGCCGUAGCAAAAUGCUUGUUGAAAUUCUCGAUUAUUGUAGAUUUAUCGGUGGUGAUAGUGUUUCCUAGCCUCAGUGCAGUGGGCAGCUGGGAGGAAGUGCUCUUAUUCUCCAUGGACUUUACAGUGUCCCAAAACUUUUUGGAGUUAGUGCUACAGGAUGCAAAUUUCUGUUUGAAAAAGUUAGCCUUUGCUUUCCUGACUGCUUGUGUAUAUUGGUUCCUAACUUCCCUGAAAAGUUGCAUAUCGCGGGGGCUAUUUGAUGCUAAUGCAGUACGCCACAGGAUGUUUUUGUGCUGGUCAAGGGCAGUCAAGUCUGAGGAGAACCAGGGGCUAUAUCUGUUCUUAGUUCUGUAUUUUUUGAAUGGGGCAUGUUUAUUUAAGAUUGAGAGGAAAUUACUUUUAAGGAACAACCAGGCAUCCUCUACUGACGGAAUGAGAUCUAUAUCCAUCCAGGAUACCUGGGCCAGGUCAAUUAGGAAGGCCUGCUCGCUAAAGUGUUUUAGGGAGCGUUUGACAGUGAUGAGGGGUGGUCGUUUGACCGCGGACCCGUUACGGACGCAGGCAAUAAGGCAGUGAUCGCUGAGAUCCUGGUUGAAGACAGCUGAGGUGUAUUUAGAGGGUAAGUUAGUCAGGAUGAUAUCUAUGAGGGUACCCAUGUUUACGGAUUUAGGGUUGUACCUGGUAGGUUCGUUGAUAUUUUGCGUGAGAUUGAGGGCAUCUAGUUUGGAUUGUAGGAUGGCCGGGGUAUUAAGCAUAUCCCAAUUUAGGUCACCAAGCAGUACGAACUCUGAGGAUAAAUGGGGGGCAAUCAAUUCACAUAUGGUGUCCAGGGCACAGCUGGGGGCUGAGGGGGGUCUGUAGCAAGCGGCAACAGUGAGAGACUUAUUUCUGGAAAGGUGGAUUUUUAGAAGUAGAAGCUCAAACUGUUUGGGCACAGACCUGGAUAGUAUGAUAGAGCUCUGCAGGCUAUCUCUACAGUAGAUUGCAACUCCACCCCCUUUGGCAGUUCUAUCUAGACGGAAAAUGUUAUAGUUGGGGAUGGAAAUUUCAGAAUUUUUGGUGGCCUUCCUAAGCCAGGAUUCAGACACUGCUAGAACAUCAGGGUUGGCGGAGUGUGCUAACGCAGUGAAUAACUCAAACUUAGGAAGUAGACUUCUGAUAUUUACGUGCAAGAAACCAAGACUUUUGCGAUUACAGAAGUCAGCAAAUGAUAGCGCCUGGGGAGUAGGAGUGAUACUGAGGGCUGCAGGGCCUGGGUUAGCCUCUACAUCACCAGAGGAACAGAGGAGGACUAGAAUAAGGAUACGGCUAAAGGCUUUAAGAACUGGUCUUCUAGUGCGUUGGGUACAUAGAAUAAAGGGGGCCGAUUUCCGGGCGUUGUAGAAAAGAUUCAGGGCAUUAUGUACAGACAAGGAUAUGGAAGGAUAUGAGUAAAGUGGAGGUAAACCUAAGCGUUGGGUAACAAUGAAAGAGAUAGCAUCACUGGAGGCACCAAUUGAGUCGGUCUCCGCGUGUAUGGGGGGUGGGACAAAGGAGCUAUCUAAGGCAGGUUUAGCUGGGCUGGGGAAUCUACAGUGAAAUAGUACAAUUAGGAAUAACCGAAACAACAAUAAGCUAACCAUGUUGACAAGGGAGAGAGGCAUAAAGCAAUCACAGGUGUAAUUUGAGAGAGCUAAGACAACAGCUGGUAAUGACGACACAGUUUGGGCUGAGGCUAAACAUAAACAGGAUGCAGUACCGUAAAAAGGAACAGUCCAGCAGACAUCAGCUGUAUAGCUGAGUUAUCAUAAGGUCCGGUGAACAGCAAUAGGAUAGUUCGGAGGCUGCUAAAGCACUAGCGAGUAAGAGGCCACGGCUAGCGUGUGCUAGCGGGCCGGGGCUAGCAGAUGGAAUCUUCGUGGUCGACGUCGUAACCACAUCAGACGAUUUCGUCGGCAGACCAGUCGUGUAGGAUCGGCGGGGAUCCGUGUCAACACUAGGUGGUCCCGUCCGGUUGACAGAGAGGUAGAUAGCCGGGAGAUGGGCCUAGCUCAGGAUGAUUAGCCAGACCACAACAUCCAUUUUGUUGCAGCUAGCUGGUAGCGAUGAAUCCGGAGUUAAAGGUCCAGUGAUUCAGUGAUUCCGGCAGAAAAACUGAUAUGUUCUGGGUCGAUAACGCGCUGUGCAGACUUGCCGAAUAAUAGUCCAGACUAGAGCUGGCUGGUGAGUGGUGCAGGCCACGGACAAUGGUGAAAAACCGCUAACGGUAGCUGAUAGCAAGUAGCUAGUUAGCUGGCUACUCCCGUCCGGUAGAGGUAGAUAUGAGCCUGGCUUUAGGCUAGCUCGAGGCUAACUGGUGCUUGCAUCGGGGGCAGUGGUGAUUAGCCAGACAGCAACAUCCAUUCGGUUGCGGCUAGCUAGUUGCGAUCCGGUGAUUAAUGUCCAGUGAUUAAAUUAAUCCUGCAGAAAAAAAAUCCAAUGUUCUGGGUGAAAUACCGCUAACUGUGGCUAAUAGCAAGUAGCUAGUUAGCUGGCUAGCUAGUUUCAACUGGAGAUUCUAGAUAAAAGGUAAGUCAAUAAUAGAAUCCGUUCCACAUUGAGUGAGGCGGGUUGCAGGAAAGUAUAUUUUGUAGAAGGAUGAAAAGUCUGAUAGGGAAAUAUGUACGAAAAAUAGAAAAAAACAGGGUAUUUACAGGCUAUUUACAGACACACGACAAAAACAGAACUGCACUACUACGCCAUCUUGGAUUACAGGAGUGCCUAGGGGUAGGGACUAGGAGAUAAGGCCUAGGGGCUGGGAGAUGAGGCCUAAGGGCUAUAAGAUAAGGCCUAGGGGCUAGGAGAUAAGGCCUAUGAGAAAGGAGAUAGGGGCUAGGAGAUAAGGCCUAGGAGAAAGGAGAUAGGGGCUAGGAGAUAAGGCCUAGGAGAAAGGAGAUAGGGGCUAGGGGAUAAGGCCUAGGGGCAAGGAGAUGAGGCCUAGGAGAUAGGAGAUAGGGGCUAGGGGAUAAGGGCUAGGGGCUAGGGGUUGAUAGAUUUGUUUUCUCAAGUUUCCCAUUACCAUGCCAUCUGUUGACCUGUCUGCCAUGUCAUCUGUCCAGCACUGGCUGUUGUUUCCAUUGGGGCAAUCUCAUACUUGACCAAAAUAACUUAUUAACCCCCUAAGAGGAAAAACAGAUACAGACCUAUUUUUCCCAGGGCUUCCCAAGUAACUAGACAGACUAACUCCUCUUAGGGAAGAUGAGAAGAAGGAGAGGAGUGUGGAACAACAACAACAACAACAACAACAACAACAACAUAGGUCAUGAUGGCGGUGUGCAUUUAUUGGGAAUCCAAACCGGAGCGAACCUGUUUAAUCCUCUCUUAACAAACAAGAAGAUGAAUGUCAGGGGCAGUUCUCACAGUCAGUUUCAGAGUUCCAUUUUUUUUUUUUUUUUUUACCCUUUAUUUAACUAGGCAAGUCAGUUAAGAACAAAUUCUUAUUUACAAUGACGGCCUAAUGAAUACAAUACUAUGGACACGGGGACCUGAUCCAUGAUCAGCACAACUCUUUGUGAAUAAGGGCUUGGAGCUCCGACGAGGGAAAAAAAAAAAACUGACUGUAUCCUCUUGGCUAGGGUUGAACCACACACAUACUUAUACAUGACAUCAUUGGGUUUAACAUGGGAGGUUUUGGGGGGUUUGACUUUGGUAUGACCUGGCAGUGUCAGGCCUUGGGUAGAGGUUAACCACAUAGCUCAUUAGACUGGGUUGGGGUUAAUACAUGAGUUGAGAGUGGUAAUGAGUCUUCCUGAGGGAAGAACAGAGGUCCGUGUGUGCGUGUGUGUGUGUGUGUGUGUGUGUGUGUGUGUGUGGCCUGGUAGAGAGUUAGCUAGCUACCUAGGAGAAUGAGUGCGAAUGUGAGGAGACAUAUGAUAGCAAGGUAAUCGUCCGCAUCCCUCUGAAGGCUAUCUACAGAGGACUGAAGAGGACACAGCUCACUUGGACUGUCAGGGGUCAUUGACUCACAAUGUCACCAUGUUUAAAUGAAUCACUGAGACAGAUAAUGUUGGUAAUGGUGUAACUUGGUAUGUGGGUUCUCUAGAGGAGCCUUUUUAUUCAUUAUCUCACACACACACACACACACACACACACAAAAACACACACAAACACACACACACACACACAAAACACACACACACACACACACAAAACACACACACGCACAAACACACAAACACACACACACACACAGAAACACACACACACACACACGCACACACACACACAAAAUAUUGUCUUGUGUGAUGUCGACCUGUGUUUUAACCCAUUGUGUUCUGAUUCUGCAGAGUCAGGCCCCCAUUCUUAGCAUGGAGCUGUCUACCAAACGGGUAAAUCUGCUGUUUGUGAGUGUGUGUGUGUGUGUGUGUGUGUGUGUGUGUGUGUGUGUGUGUGUGUGGGUGUGGGUGGUCAUCCUCAGUUAAGAGUUCAUGUAGCAGUAAAAUACCAUUCCAGUAAUGAUUACAAACAAUAGAUGAUUGAUUUUAGUACAGGAGCUUCAGCACUGUUUACACAGUUUCUACAGCAGUAGCCUGCUCUCAGAGUACGUUGGGAAGAGUCUUGAAAAUCCCACAAUCCAGAUUCUACGUGUAAAUGUUUUAAAAUGCAUUUAAAUCACAUUUUAUUUGUCACAUGCGCCGAAUACAACUAAGAAAUGCUUACUUACAAGCCCUUAACCAACAAUGCAGUUCAAUAAAUAGAGUUAAGAAAAUAUUUACUAAAUAAAAUAAAGUAAAAAAAUUAAAUAAAAUGUAACACAAUAAAAUAACAAUAACGAGGCUAUAUACAGAGGGUACCGGUACCGAGUCAAUGUGCGGCGGUACAGGUUGGUCGAGGUAAUUUGUACAUGUAGGUAGGCAUCAAGUAAUUAUGCAUAGAUAAUAAACAGCGAGUAGCAGCAGUGUAAAUACACAGGGGGGUGGGCGGCAGGUAGCUUAGUGGUUAAGAGCGUUGUGCCAGUAACCGAAAGGUCGCUGGUUCUAAUCCCCGAGCCGACUAGGUGAAAAAUCUGUCGAUGUGCCCUUGAGCAAGGCACUUAACCCUAAUUGCUCCUGUAAGUCGCUCUGGAUAAGAGCGUCUGCUAAAUGACUAAAAUGUCAAUGUCAAUGUAAAUGUAAAUAGUCCGGGUGGCCAUUUUAUUAAUUGUUCAGCAGUCUUAUUGCUUGGGGGUAGAAGCUGUUCAGGAGCCUUUUGGACCUAGACUUGGCGCUCCGGUACCACUUGCCGUGCGGUAGCAGAGAGAACAGUCUAUGACUUGGGUGACUGGAGUCUUUGACAGACCAGCAGUAAUCUCGAAGCACCACAUUUUAAUCAUUCAGCAGACGCUCUUAUCGAGAGCGACUUACAGUUAGUGCAUUCAUCUUAAGAUAGCUAGGUGGGACAACCACAUAUCACAGUCAUAGUAAGUAUAAUUUUUCGUCAAUAAAGUAGCUAUCAGCUAAGUCAGAGCUAGAAAGGGGGGGGAAAAAGUCAAGUGUGACACUUUUAGCAGCACAAUGACAAUUCAAUAUAAUUCAUUAGGGAUCAAUUACAUGAAUUAAAAGUACAUUAAACAUUUAGUUAAAUCCUCUCCCCUACCCUGUUUGUGUGUCUACAGCAACAGGUGUAUGUGAGCAGUGAUGAGGGGGUGGCCCAGUUACCCCUGCAGCGGUGUGAGCUGUACGGGAGAGACUGUGCCGACUGCUGUCUGGCCAGAGACCCUUACUGUGCUUGGGACGGGAACACAUGCAACCGAUACUUCCCCAGCAACAAGAGGUAACUACUCUACUUCGGUUAAAAGCCCAACACAGCAAUAUUGAACUCCACAGCAAAUCAUUGUACUAUUAUUGUAGAAACCAAUAACAUCAAACAUACAAUUGACAUAACAAUAACAUCAAACAUUUAACUACUGUUAAAAUUGUAUUAUAUUACUGUGUGUGACAAUAAAAGACACAUUUAUGUUGUAACAGAGAUGUAUAAUAAAGAACUAUUAUAUGUUGUUGUUUCUGUAUUCAGUCGUGGUCAAAAGUUUUGAGAAUGACACAAGUAUUGGUCUUCACAAAGUUUGCUGCUUCAGUGUUUUUAGAUAUUUUUGUCAGAUGUUACUAUGGUAUACUGAAGUAUAAUUACAAGCAUUCCAUAAGUGUCAAAGGCUUUUAUUGACAAUUACAUUAAGUUUAUGCAAAGAGUCAAUAUUUGCAGUGUUGACCCAUCUUUUUCAAGACCUCUGCAAUCCGCCCUGGCAUGCUGUCAAUUAACUUCUGGGCCACAUCCUGACUGAUGGCAGCCCAUUCUUGCAUAAUCAAUGCUUGGAGUUUGUCAGAUUUUGUGGGGUUUUGUUUGUCCACGCGCCUCUUGAGGAUCGACCACAAGUUCUCAAUGGGAUUAAAGUCUGGGGAGUUUCCUGGCCAUGGACCCAAAAUGUCGAUGUUUUGUUCCCCCGAGCCACUUAGUUAUCACUUUUGCCUUAUGGCAAGGUGCUCCAUCAUGCUGGAAAAGGCAUUGUUCGUCACCAAACUGUUCUUGGAUGGUUGGGAGAAGUUGCUCUCGGAGGAUGUGUUGGUACCAUUCUUUAUUCAUGGCUGUGUUCUUAGGCAAAAUUGUGAGUGAGCCCACUCCCUUGGCUGAGAAGCAACCCCACACAUGAAUGGUCUCAGGAUGCUUUACUGUUGGCAUGACACAGGACUGAUGGUAGCGCUCACCUUGUCUUCUCCGGACAAGCUUUUUUCCGGAUGCCCCAAACAAUCGGAAAGGGGAUUCAUCAGAAAAAAUGACUUUACCCCAGUCCUCAGCAGUCUAAUCCCUGUACCUUUUGCAGAAUAUCAGUCUGUCCCUGAUGUUUUUCCUGGCGAGAAGUGGCUUCUUUGCUGCCCUUCUUGAUACCAGGCCAUCCUCCAAAAGUCUUUGCCUCACUGUGCGUGCAGAUGCACUCACACCUGCCUGCUGCCAUUCCUGAGCAAGCUCUGCACUGGUGGUGCCCCGAUCCCGCAGCUGAAUCAACUUUAGGAGACGGCCCUGGCGCUUGCUGGACUUUCUUGGGCGCCCUGACGCCUUCUUCACAACAAUUGAACCUCUCUCCUUGAAGUUCUUGAUGAUCAGAUAAAUGGUUGAUUUAGGUGCAAUCUUACUAGCAGCAAUAUCCUUUCCUGUGAAGCCCUUUUUGUGCAAAGCAAUGAUGAUGGCACGUGUUUCCUUGCAGGUAACCAUGGUUAACAGAGGAAGAACAAUGAUUUCAAGCACCACCCUCCUUUUAAAGCUUCCAGUCUGUUAUUCUAACUCAAUCAGCAUGACAGAGUGAUCUCCAGCCUUGUCCUUGUCAACACUCUCACCUGUGUUAACGAGAGAAUCACUGACAUGAUGUCAGCUGGUCUUUUUGUGGCAGGGCUGAAAUGCAGUGGAAAUGUUUUUUGGGGAUUCAAUUCAUUUUCAUGGCAAAGAGGGACUUUGCAAUUAAUUGCAAUUCAUCUGAUCACUCUUCAUAACAUUCUGGAGUAUAUGCAAAUUGCCAUCAUAAAAACUGAGGCAGCAGACUUUAUGAAAAUUAGUAUUUGUGUCAUUCUCAAAACUUUUGACCACGACUGUAGAUAUGAUUGUGUUGUAUUGUAUUGUGUUGUGUUGUAUUGUGUUGUAAUAUUUUGUUAGCAAUACCUAACGGGGUUCCAAACAAACAAACAUACUGCCACAGUCUAAAGCUGUCAGAGUUAUGACAUGAUUAUGACAUGAUUAUGACACCCAGGCUGUCUGCUAUUUUAUCUCCGCAGACGAGCUCGGCGCCAGGACGUGAAGCACGGGGAUCCGAUGAGCCAGUGUUACGACGUAGAAGACGGUAAUUUUUGUGUGUGUACGGGGGUACAGUGAGCCAGUGUCAUGAUAUAGGAGAAGUUACAAGUUAUAGAAAUGAACACUAAAUGUUUAUAUGUCUGUCUAUGAUAUGUAUAUCUCUGGUUGCAGCUAACGCCAGCCAGUCAGCCAGCCUCAGUUCAGUAGGUAACUUAACUAAUAUUAACUUAGCUCAUAAUACAGUAUAUUAGUUUAAACUAUGUUGCAGCGCCAGCCAACCUCAUUUCACUAGGCCUCUAUGACCAUGUCUGAUGUAAGUCAUCUCAGUUCACUAGGCCUCUAUGACCAUGUCUGAUGUAAGUCAUCUCAGUUCACUAGGCCUCUAUGACCAUGUCUGAUGUAAGUCAUCUCAGUUCACUAGGCCUCUAUGACCAUGUCUGAUGUAACUCAUCUCAGUUCACAUAGCUUUUCAUCUUAGCUCAUGAUACUGUAUAUUAGUUCAGUCAGUUGCAGCGCCAGCCUCACUCCAGUCCAGUAUGAUCACGCCUGCUGAUUUAACUUGUCUCGUGCUACCAGACCAGCUGUAAAUGUAUUAGUUCACUCUCUGGGCUCCUGAGUGGCGCAGUGGUCUAAGGCACUGCAUCGCAGUGCUAACUGUGCCACUAGAGAUCCUGGUUCGAAUCCAGGCUCUGUCGCAGCCGGCCGCGACGGGGAGACUCAUGGGGCGGCGCACAAUUGGCCCAGCAUGUCCAGGGUAGGGGAGGGAAUGGCCGGCAGGGAUGUAGCUCAGUUGAUAGAGCAUGGCGUUUGCAACGCCAGGGUUGUGGGUUCGAUUCCCACGGGGGGCCAGUAUAAAAAAAAAAAUGUAUUUACUAACUGUAAGUCGCUCUGGAUAAGAGCGUCUGCUAAAUGACUAAAAUGUAAAUGUCUGUAGCAGCCAGCUUCAGUAUGACCCAAUGGUAUUUCCAUGUCCUAAAUCUGAUCUCAUGUUAGUGUGCCCCCUAGUGGACAGCACUGAGAACUAAAGUCUCGCAUAAUUGGUCAGAUGCUCGAUUAAAGUUCUUGGUCCAAGCGUGGUAAGAGAAGAGCUAGAACGACGAUCGGAACCUGGGAAAAAAAGAGCUUUGAAAGAUACUGAUACCUGUGAAAUCGUGAUUUGUCCAAAGCACCGGAAACUAAUGUGGCUCGUUAUCUUACGCGUCCCGUUGUAUCAUGACAAAUCUACGGUACCCUUUAUGUUUAAAUACACAUCCUGCUCUUUAGCAUUUGACCUUUCAGUCAUUUAGCAGACACUCUUAUCCAGAGCCACUUACAAUGGAAUCUUGGAAACCAAACCUUUAUGAAUGUGACUACAGCUAUAGGAUCUUAAUUUGAUCACCCUGUGGCAGGAUAACUAAAUAUUGUAGUGUAUUUUUGGUUUAAAAAGUCUUCUGAAGUUUGUCAUUUACAUUUACAUCUACAUUUUAGUCAUUUAGCAGACGCUCUUAUCCAGAGCGACUUACAGCAUUUCUACUUUGAAAUGUCAGGCUUGAUUUACCCUAACGAAAAACGGAUCAACCCCUACAAAAAUAUAAAUGUAUUGUAACACACAUAAUAAUUCACAUUUCCUGUUGCUGCAGGAUUAUUUUCCUUCUGUAGCAAACUGGCUCAAAUUAAGAUCCUACAUCUGUACUACAAAACACUCAUCAUCCUGUUCUUUGCAGGUUCUGAGUCGGUGGAGGUGAAGGUGGUCUACGGAGUGGAGAGCAGCUCAACCUUCCUAGAGUGUGUGCCCAGGUCCCAGCUGGCGACGGUCAAGUGGACAGUGCAGGCACCACAGGCUCACACCAGCAGAGAGGUGAGAGACGGACAUCUCUGUCAUGUUAGCUCUUUGUUAACUGGCCUGGGGCCUAACACACAAACUGACAUAGCAUAACAUCUUGAUCAACUCACCAUCUGUGCCGAACAAAAGAACAAUACAGCACAUGUUUAUUGAUCACUCAUUUUAACCGAAUCAGUAACCACGUUUCCAUCUACAGUUUUAAUGCAAGUAAAGUCAUACCGUAUAAAAAUAAAAAAAUGAACGACAGCUGAGAUGGUCGUUUCUAGUACAAGUUUAUACACUGAGUGUACAAAACAUUAGGAACACCUGCUCUUUCCAUGAAAUAGACUGACCAGGUGAAAGCUAUGAUCCCUUAUUGAUGUCAUUUGUUAAAUCCACGUCAAUCAAUGUGUAUGAAGGGGAGGAGACUUGAGAAAAUUGAGACAUCGAUUGUGUGUGUGCCAUUCAGAGGGUGAAUGGGCAAGACACAAUAUUUAAGUGCUUUUGAAAGGGGUAUGGUAGUAGGUGCCAGCCGCAACGGUUUGAGUGUGUCAAGAACUGUAACGCUGCUGGGUUUUUCCCGCUCAACAGUUUCCAGUGUGUAUCAAGAAUGGUCCACCACCCAAAGGACAUCCAGUCAACUUGACACAACUGUGGGAAGCAUUGGAGUCAACAUGGGGCCAGCAUCCCUUUGGAACGCUUUCAACAUCUUGUAGAGUCGAUGCCCCGAUAAACUGAGGCUGUUCUGAGGGCAAAAGCGGGGGUGCAACUCAAUAUUAGGAAGGUGCCUUGUUCGUUUGACAUGGUGGAAUCUCUUUGUGUCUGUAAAAUGUAUUAUGCGAGAAAUGGUGGUGGAGGUAAACUUGGAGUCACGUGAUGAUAUGGUGUGUGGUCCCCCCUCUACAGCUCGUCAGGAAACCAGGCAGUUUACUAGGCUACAGAUGAAAUCAAUGAUGAUGAACGUCACAGGGGGGUGAAAGUUCACAGUGACCUUGAUGCUGCUUUCCAUUCAAUAUCAAGGGUCUUAUUCUGGUGACAUGAUAAUCGACGCUUGACUGCCAUUAUGACAAAUAAACAUAUUCGCAUCCAUAAUAAUCUCAUCAUGUAGACUGGCCUACCUUCACAGCUUACCCGCACUGUAUCUGCGAGCGGUUGGCUAGAGCGGACGUGCCAAGACCAGAGUAGACAAAUUUGCUAUUUAACGCAAACGGUUUUUUUGUGACCAAACUAUCGGUAGGCUUGAAAAUGCGAUGGAAACACAUUGAACUUUAGAUUUUUAUUCGGUAGGUGAAAACUUAAGCGAAAUAGUACAUGAUGUUUGCGCUACAUCACCACACACUGACUUUUAUCUGCAACAAACUCCUUUUUGGUGGAAACACACCACUGGUGGGAAAAUUGACAUAUUUUCUUUCUGCAGAUUUUUUGAAUAUCCUCAUGAAAAUCUGUGUCCAAUUGGAUGGAAAGCUAGCUAUUGACUAAUAUUUAUCUAAUAAUGAACCUUUUGCCUUCUCUUGUCCUUGUCCAGCUGUCCCAGAGUAAGGAGCGUAUGGUCCAGAUGAAGCGGGGUCUCCUGGUGCAGCGACUGGAGCCCGGGGACGCUGGCCUCUACAGCUGUACCACCCUGGAGCACUCCUUCUCCCAGGUCCUGGCCCGCUACAACCUCCAGGUCAUACCCCAGCAGAGCAUGACAGCAUCCCAGGCCAGGGCAGCUGAUCCUGGGGCUGGGCGAGCAGGGCUGAGGGGGGGCCCUGGAGGUCCUGGGACUCAGCUCUUCAGGAACUAUAAGGACCUGCACACGAUGGGCGCGGCUAGCAUGAGCGUGGACGAGUACUGUGAGCAGCUGUGGUACCGGGAGAAGAAGAAGCAGCAGAAGCUACGCCAGCUAAAGUGGAAACAGACCCAAGUGGACAACCGCAAGGCCAGGGUGCGACGGCACGGCUCCGCUGAGGACAUCGCAAUACAAUGACCUGAUGGGGAUGGACAGAGACUUUUGGAUUGCGUCUUAAAUGUCACCCUAAUUUCUAUAGAGUGCACUGCUUUUUUUACCAGGGCCCAUAGACCAAAAGUAGUGCACUUUUAAGGGAAUAGGGGACAAUUGUAGAUGUAUCUCUGGAGAUGA